UGAGCAAGCACUGGAGUACUCAUCGUUCCGUUCUUCAUCCACACUUCACCGUCCUCACCAUGGUCCUCGCAAGCACUGCGUUCAAAACUGAGUUUGCGGUCGACAUGACCUGCGAGAGUUGCGUCGGAGCUGUCAAGAAUGCGCUCCAGGAUCUGCCUGGCAUUGAGCGAUACGACAUUGAGCUGGAGAACAAGCGCGUUACCAUCACAGGCAAGACCCCCCCUUCUCAACUUCUCGCGGCGCUCAAGUCGACAGAGCGUCAAGUUCUCGUUCGCGGCUCUGGUGCCGCCGACCCCUCCCUUCCCCCACAGGCUGCCAUCUCGAUUCUUGAGUCGCCCAUCUCCGUUCCCACCACCGUCGCCAAGGCGCUUCCAGAGUCGACUAAGCGCGAACUUUACGGUCUCGAAGAUGACGAGUUCACGCAGAAGGUGUUCGGUAUUGCGCGCUUCGUGCAGAUUGCCCCACGUUCCAUCCUUCUUGACCUGACUGUACGGCUCCCGCCCUCUCAGAACGCUUUCCGUGCUUAUGUCUCCAAGACGGGUAACCUUGUUGAUCCGCCUGUCACGACGAAGGGAGCUUAUGUCGACCUAGGAACCAUCAACCCCGACAAGGACGGGUACGGCGACCUGUUCAAGGAGGUGGAUGGCGAGCUUUGGGAAUGGAUUGGACGUGCGUGCGUAGUGGAGCAGCAAGGCGUCGAACCGAAAAAGGACGUUCCAGAAGGCACCCCCUCCUUCCCGGCAGGCAGCGUUUUCGCUGGAGUGGUCGCUCGCUCGGCUGGUACAUGGGGCAACGACAAGACGGUGUGCGCAUGCUCGGGACGUACCAUGUGGGAGGAGGGCCGCGAGAUGGAGGGCAAGGCCAAGGGCAUGCUCUGAUCUGCUGGCGAUCGCGGCCACAUUGGGCGGAGGACGCAGCGUACUUACGCUCUUCCGAUGGCAGGCUUCUCGGAUGCAUAUCUUGCAGCAACAGC